CAAAUGUGUGAAACAAUCACGGAAUCCACAUGCCCCUGAUCCACAUGUUCCGUUGGUGGCGGAAAGAACGCAAAGACAAUAAGUAUGGGAGUGGAGCUACUGAAUAUUGAACAAGGGAAAAUAUAGAUGCAUUUAGACGUGUGAAGAUACAGCGAGAGAGGAAAUGAAAUGUUUCAGAUUGCUGCCACCCAUGCAAGGAUCCAUGUAGACAUGAUAAGGUUGACCAAAGGUGUUUCAGCAUAAUUGUUUACAAGGAAUUCAGUCUCAGCAUCUGUUCAAGUAACACUGUAACAAAUCAUGCCACGGUGUAAACAGCCCCAGACUCUUGAGGCAAUAGCCCUUAAAGUCUUCAGUUUAUACAUUAGGAAUGUGGGGUGUGCUGCAUCUGUUUGUGCUACACAUAUGAGGGCUCUCCAGCCAAAUGAAGAUUAUGACAGGAUUAUGUUGAACAUGAAUUGCUUGGCAGAAUUCCUCUAUGGUGCUUUACCUCGUGUACUUGCAGAAAAAAUGACUAGGCAUGUGCUUGAUGGUAUUGCACAAGCCAUGGAUGAAACAGCUUGCACUAUGGAUGAACUGAAGUGGACUGAUUGCAACAAAUGCAGACAAGUUUUCGAACAGAUGAUUGUUGCAGGCACCAGCCCACAUCUGACACAUCUAGAUUUGUCACCAGAACCAUUUCACAUUAGAAAGGUGCUGUGUGAAAAUCUCCACAAGCUACUGAAGUUAAAAGUCCUCAUUGUCACAACUUUUUAUGGAUGGGAGUUAUCUAAUCAGACAUUUGUGAGAGACUUGUCUCUGCUGCAGAAUCUUGUGUCUUUCAGUAUGGAGCAUGACUGUACAGAUGAAAUUGUUCAUGUACUGGGACAAUACUGUAAGCAGCUGAUAUGUCUGAAUGUUACUGGAGCAGUUGGCAUCACUGAUUCUAGUGUUGAGAACAUACUAAAGCUGAAACAUUUACAGCAACUCCAUCUCUCUACCACUUCUGUGACGGAAAGUGGGUUUCUUCAGUUACUGAAUGGAAUGAUAAAAGUGCAUCAAGAAGCUCAAAGCAGAAAAUCGGAUCAGUCUCCUGGAGACAGGCUUAAUGAACCUGGACCCUUUUCUUUGAAAAAACUUGGAUGUAGCUUUGUUAGAAAUUCACAGCUUAGUAUCUUGGUGGAACAUUUUCAAUGUAUUACGCAAAUCUUGUUAGGUACUUUGCAGUGUGAUCUGUCAAUACUCAAAGAUUUGAAACAUCUCAAAGAAUUGAAACUUGUUGGUGGCAACUUUGUUACAGACAAUGUGAAAGGUUUACUUGAACAGAAGGGCUCUGCCUUACAAGUGCUUGAUAUGCUGCUGAUUCAAGAUGUAGACUUGAUGUUGAUACGUAUAUGUUGUGAUGAACUGAAAGUUUUGAGUCUACGAAGCUGUUCUUUUAAGAGCAUUGUCCCACAUAAUAGUAACGAACAUUCACUUAAGCCUUUCCAGAAACUAGAGGAGUUGACCUUCUAUGUACAAUGUUCAUUGUUGUACCUUCAGUUCCUGCUCCUAAGUUGCAGAAACAUAAAAUUAAUUACUGUUGGAUUGAUCAGAGAGGUAGAUGAUAAGUUCAUAGCUUUUAUGUUGUCCAUAAAUUCAAUGAACUGUCUGGAAAACUUUAAAGUGUACUUUAGUAAUCAUCUGACCCUUCAUACUGUGCGAUUACUGAUGACAUGUUGUCCUUGUUUAUCUGUUGUUGGAGGACUCGAAACAUGGAAUGGGGUCUCUCAGGAAGAAUUACGACAUUUCAAAGAAGAAUUGAAAAGCAGUAAUCUGGCCCUCAGUAUUGUAAGGUGAUAAGUAUUAUUUGACCUUAUACCAACAAAUGAUAGUUACCUGUACAGUCACUUUUUUUCUUAUUUUAAGGAAUGACCAGAAUUUUUACAUCUGUGUACAUCAAUCAGAUUCUUGGAAGUCACUGAAACUUUUCAGGUCUAUAAUUUAGAAAAAGUUGGGUUUGCCAGCACAAAAUUGGUGUCAGACAUGGCCAGAAAAUUAUGUUAGUUCUCACUGAACUUCCAUUGUGUUAAAUGAUUUAUUUUAAUGCUUCACGCUCUGUCGAUGCAUUACUGUAUAUCACUACAGACAGGUCUCAAGUGUGAGCAGUGUAAUAAUGCAUUGAUACUUUCAUACUUCAUGCAAAGAUUAUUAUCAGUUUUGCAGGUUUCCAUCUUGAAGUUUAUUAUGUAUGGCAUUUCUGCUGGUUCACUUUACAACUAAGUGGUGUCAUAAGUACACUCAUUUAUAUGUAUGCCUUCUGUAAAACUACAGAAGUGUUGCACUGUAUCCCUUAUGAGUGUACUCCUUAAAUCUGUGACUGUGCAUAAGCAGCGUACACAAUUCAGUGUCAUAACAGUAACUCCUAAGGAAAAGUGUGUGUGGUAUAACCUGGAAAAGUAAUUACCAUAUCUGUGAUCUUUGAAACUGCCAUGUAUGAUGUAAUGUUUACUUCCAGUCACUUCCAUGGCCAGUACAACAUGACUUCUUGUUGAGAUGCAGGAUGUCUCCGAGUAUUGUGGGGCUGAAUCAGGAGUGUAAUUUGUAGAGAAACAUGGUCAUGCAAUUCCUGUAAACGGUUCUGAAUUUGAAUUGUAAUACACUGUAUUGAAUUGAAAGUUUAACUGGGUAUUGCUCCAGCUUGGUGUAUAUUAUUUUACAAAAAAAAAAAAACCUGUAAUGGCAUUCCUCUGCUAUAUAUAUUUUUCAUCCUCUCUUCCUGUGUGGUGCUUUCCUAUCCAUGUCCAUGCCUUGUUGAGGAAUGUGCAAGGAUACUCUGGAAUGCUGAGCCUUCAUUCAUGACUAGGACAUUCAAACUUGUAGCUAUUUUACUGGCUACAGUGGUUGGUCAGAGUCUGAGAGUUGUCUACACAUUUUUAUUCAGUUUGGGAGCAUAAGGUGAGUGUACAUUGUUCUAAAUUGUGAUUGGCUGAUUCAUUCUGAAUUUCUGUUUUGGCCUUCAUGUUGAUUUACUCACCUCUACCACAUUACCCUUGGCUUGUAUGUUUGUCUAGCCCUACUCCUUCAUCUGCCUGUCAGUUUUUGAGCAAUAAUUUAUUUCAUUUGAUCGUAUUGUUAUUUGACCUUAGCCAUAUAAUCUGCUAAGAACUACUGGAUAGUAGCCAUACCAAAAUCAAUGGUCACAAUUGUAA